GGCGCAUUUGGUCACGCGUUCAUGCUCUCGCUUGUACUCGUACAUCGCCGUGUUGGCUCAUCUUCAAAGGCUUAAAGUUUCUUGCGAUGCAAUUCCUUCGUGGAGGCGUGGGCAGCCUUGGCCCGGGGCCAAUCCGACGACGCCUCAGCUGCAUCGGGCGAUGGCCGUGACCCUGAAGGGGCAGAUGCAAGCGAUGCAGUGUUCGCGGCGUGGGCGCACGCAGCAGCAGAGCCGUUCAGCCCUAUUGGCCUCGAGUGCGAAGACGAUCACGAUAUGGUUUCAGCUCCAGAAGGAGCAGCCGCUGACGAGGAUGUUCUGCCAGCUGACGUGAUUGUUGAUGACGUGCAGGGUGAUGCAUCUGGUUUACUCGCACAUUUCGAGCUCAACAUUCGCCGCGGAGCUCGCUGAGGAAGGAACAUCGGUGAUGCCAGCUUACCGCUGGCAUCACCUAUUUUUCUGGGAAGUUUCAGCUGCGAAAUGCGUCGGCCUGUGUGGGCAAGCGCCCGUCGAACAAGAGAGCUCAGGUGGCAAUUAUGUCCGAUAGACGUGAUGGUUGUACAAGCAGCCUUCACGACUGCGAGGGCCGCAUGCCCGCGACGUGCUUCAAGAAGACGUUGGCGGAUAUUGAGUCGACAGCGAGCAAGGGUGUCUUGAACACCGGUAUCAGCGUGCAUAUGGGGGCUGACGUGAACCGCCCGAGAUUGCGCGUGCACCGAGUUAUCCGCGAGAGCAUCUUCAUCCACCAUGGGAUAGUGAUGCAGGGGGCCAUGGAAAACACAGCUCACUGCCUGGAUAUAUGUUUUGGAGAAGAUACGCGGGCUGAGUUUCGGAAAGUGUUGGUGCUUACUGUGACUGGCGAGUGGCGUGAGCAGCGGCACCUCGACAUCAUUGUCCCCGACGGCCUCGAUCUUGAUGACGGCGCCCAGGAUGCCGCGACCAAAUCGGUCGAGGACGCUUUCAUCAGCGGUUGUGUUUCGCAGGCGCUGGCGGCAUUUAAGCGGCGCAGGCGGGUUGGGGCGGAUUUGGGCGUUUGACCAACAGUUGCGCGUUGAAUGCGUUUCAAGCUUGCGGCGUAAAUCGAAUUGCCUGCGCGUCUUAACGCACGUCAAGCCUGUUCACGUCGUGGAGAAGACGGUCUGCGACAUGUUGGCAACAGGAACUCGCAGCUGGGCCACCAUCUGGAAGGGCCAGCGCUGGAAGACGCUGGCGUUGUCGGCUUAGUUGAACGUGCCGGCCCAGUUCCAGGUGAUGAUCAACUCGGCGCGACAGACUGGGCGAAUGUAAACGCAAGGCGUCGUCGCGAACGGUUCGCUUUCACUGGGCUGGCUCUUUCGCGCACAUGGCUUUGUUCAGAAUUGUUAUGGGUCUGCUGCAGGGAGCUCUUCGCUAUCGCCUCCGAGUGGGAGGCCGACCGUGGGGAGUCGAGCAGCGGUCUGAGCAGGCAGCCAUGAUCAAACGAGGAGCUGUUGGCGAAGAUUUGAUCUACGCUCGUGGGUAUCGGAUUCCUCUGGCCGCGCAGGGUUCCAUCGAGAACGCUUUGGUUUCAAAGGUCAGGGAACUGUUUGAUGGUCCUCCGCGCUGGCCGGUUAUUCCCGGGGGUGCCAAAAUUUUCAUUCUCCGAGCGCUUGGCUUCCAAUGAGUUAAUGAUUUAGCCGCCAAGGGUGCGCCGUUGAGGACCUCUUUGGCGAUGCCUCGUCGACACCUCGAUGCAUCCAUCUGUAUGCGUUUAUCUGACAGAACACUUGAGAGAGCUCGGGCCUUAUUGGGUGCACCUCCAUGUCGGCGUGGCGCGCGGUUCGCGUCGCCCCUCCGGCGCUACGACGCGCGGCCCAAACUAUUGGGCGGGGGGGUUUUCGCAGUGCUCGCGUUUCGGGCUUCGAUGCUGCACGCCUGCGUGACCGUUAUCGGAGCCCUCCAUCCAAUGGCCCGCAGGAUGCUGAAAGCACGUUCGUGCCAGACCGGCGGCAUGAAGUUCAUCGACGUGGGUUCUGGGUGGAUGCGUCAGCGAGCCCGCCGCCGGGAGCGAGACCGUCGCGAUGAGCUCGAUAUUCUGCAUUCUCGGACUCGGAGGCGAGGGGGGGCUGCUACUGCCCCAGCGGAA